AUGGAUGGCCUCAGGCCUCCCAACAAUGUGACUGAAUUUGUUCUCCUGGGACUCACACAGAAUCCACACGUGCAGAAAAUACUCUUCAUUGUCUUUCUGUUCAUUUUCCUCUUCACUGUGCUGGCCAACCCGCUCAUUGUCAUCACCAUCUCCCUCAGCCCCACACUUUCUGCUCCCAUGUACUUCCUUCUCACUUACUUGGCCUUAUUAGAUGCUUCCUUCACAUCUGUUACCAUCCCCAAAUGGAUUGUUGACCUAUUUCACCAAAGGAGAAUCAUCUCCUGGCGAGGAUGCAUGACUCAGGUCUUUUUAGAACACUUCCUGGCAGCAUCGGAGGUGAUUGUCCUCACUGUCAUGGCCUACGACCGCUAUGGGGCCAUCUGCAAGCCUCUGUACUACACUACCAUCACGCGACAGGGGCUCUGCCUGCUCCUGGUGGUGGUGGCCUGGAUCGGAGGGAUCCUGCAUGUCACCGUGCAGAUUCUUUUCUUGAUGGUCUUGACCUUCUGUGGUCCCAAUGUCAUUGACCACUUUGUGUGUGAUUUCUUCUCACUGUUGGAACUUGCCUGCAGUGACACCUACACACCUGGGAUUGUGGUGGCAGCUAAGAGUGGGGGCAUGUGCUUGCUCAUUUUUUUCAUGUUACUCAGUUCCUACAUAGUCAUCCUGAGCUCCCUGAAGUCCCAUGGCUCUGAAGGAUGA